GCCAGUGCACGCGCGGUCCCCGGUGCUGACGGAACCCUCGAGUCUGCGGCCCGCGAUACAGCCAGUGCCCUGUGCGCGCGCGCGUGUGUAUUGUGUGUUGCUCGCGGGAUCUUGUCCUCGUCUCAUCGGAGCAGCCGGAGAAAAGGAAAAAAAGAAAAGGGAGCGUUGUCGCGGCGACCGAAAACUGCCUGAUUACUGCUGAGGAAUCUGUUUCGCCCAUUCAACAUGCUGUCCCGUCCGGGCGAGGCGGUCGUGCUGGUGACGGGAGCCACGGGCUAUGUGGGCUCGCACAUUGUGAAGCUGCUGUUAGAGGAUGGCGAGCUACGUGUCCGGGCCACGGUGCGCAACCUCGAGCAGGAGGAUAAGACCAAGUUCCUGCGUGAGCUGGUGCCUGAUGCCAAGCACCCUAUCGAGCUGGUGCAGGCAGACCUUCUCAAGGAGGACACCUGGAAAGAUGCUGUGAAAGACUGCACAUAUGUAGUGCACGUGGCUGCACCCACACCGCACUCUUCGCUCUCCAAGGACAAUGACCUGCUCAAGCUGGCCGUUGAUGGUACCAAGGCUGUGCUGCAGGCCUGUGCUGACUCGGGCACUGUCAAGAGGGUUGUUCUCACCAGCUCCAUCAGUGCUGUCUUUGAUCAGUCCCAGCCAGGGAGUGCCCUAAGUGAGCGUGAAGGCAAACCUUUCACAGAAGAUGACUGGAGCAAUGCCGAGUCUGCAACCUUGGAUGCCUAUGGCAAGGCUAAGACGCUCCAGGAGAAGGCAGCAUGGGAUUUCGUCAAGGAGCUGCCAGAGGAGAAGAAAUUUGAGCUGGUGGUCAUUAACCCUGGACUCUGCAUUGGACCUCUGCUGCAGAAGACAACCCAUGGCGUGCCCACUAGUGUGCUGCUGAUCAAGCGCUUCAUGGACCGGUCUAUACCGCUGGUGCCUCCGGCAUCACUCAGUGUGGUGGAUGUUCGUGAUGUGGCGCGGGCACACAUACAUGCGCUCACUGUGCCAGGAGCAGCACAGAACCGCCACAUUGUCACCAACCAGUGCAUAUCUGUCAAGGACAUGGCCACAGCACUUGCCAAGGAGUUCAAGCCACAUGGCUACAGCAUUUCAACAGCUGGAGCACCAUACUUCCUGAUGUGGCUCAACAGCCUGGUGGACAAGAACUCCAAGCUGCUCAUGUCCAAGCUGAACAAGCCAAGCACAUAUGACAAUGCCCGCAUGCGUGAGGUGCUCGAGAUUGAGCCCCGCGAUGUGCAGCAGUCGAUCCUGGACACUGCCUACAGCAUGAUCCAGCUGGGCGUCGUCAAGAAGUCCAAGAAGAUGAAGAAGCAGGAGCUUUCAACCGAGGGAGAGGGCCAUGUGAAUGGCGACUUGAAUGGCGAAAAGGCAGAUGAUGAAAAGGACGAGAAGAAAGAGGGAGAUGAUGAAGAAAAGGCUACUGAUGAGAAGAAGGAGUCUGCCACCGAGGAGACCAAGAAGGUUGAAGAGGUCACCAAGAAGGUCGACGAGGUCAUUGCUGAGCCCCCACAGAACAAGGAACUUGAGCCAGAAGACAAGGUUGAGAAGGCAAAUGGCGAUGUUGCGGAACCACCGCCACAGCCUGUAGAGGUGACUGCAAACUGAGUUAGGCAGAUGCAACAACACACACACACAUACACAUAACACAUACACUCCUUUUUUUUUUUUUUUUUGGUGCCCCUACCUUUAAUGUGGGUAGGCAAGGCGAUUGUUUUAUUCUAUGCUGUAGGUUCUUGGCAGGUCACUGAAUUGAACACGUCAGGAGAGAAAGGUUUUAUGUUCACCGGUAUAGCAGUGUGAUUGCAGCCUUUAUGGGCUACCGAAAUUGGAGGCUGAAACAUAACCUACAGGACAUGCGAAAAAUCAUGCAAGUGCUUAUCAUUAAAAAAAAAAAAUACUAUAUAGAAGUAAACUAUGCAGUGUGCACGACUGACAGUUCCUUGACAGUAACGUGCACAAACAAGCCCUGUCUGGAAUUUGCGGCCUUCCAUAAUGUCAACAUUCUUGAUACUGGUUGAGCAAGUCGUGUGUGCAUAAUGCCUAAGGUGAAUUAGUAUCUCUCAUGAAGCGCUUCUUUCGGUGUCCUUUCUAAGAAUGGGGUUUGGGAACGCUCUUGUGUUGUCAUCUGCGGGUGACAUUUUUGUGGAGUCUCUAUGUGUGCUGCCUGGUAGAUCUAUUCCAAGAGAACCAAGGGGCUGCAUUAGCACUUGUCAACACUGGAUGCUUUGGCGCCAGAUAGAAUCAUCAGCAUUACUUAAGUGAACAACAGCACCACUGUAGAAACCUGCCAUGACUUGCUUCUGCCAGUCUAUUUGUAGCUUUGUUGCUUCCAUGAUAUGCUUACAGGGCAAAAAAAUUUCCCUUCUGCUUUGCUGAGAAGAUAUAGGAGAAAUAUGCAGAAAUGAACACGGAUGAGACUGCAUUAGACAAAAAAGGCAGGAAAAAUAUUUUUGAUCACAAUAUAUUUUAAAGACAUUUAGCAGCAAGCCAAAACUUUUCUAAACAGUCGAUUCAGAAAUAAAGAAGUGGAUAUUUUGUAGGGAGGACAAAAAAUGUGAGCCUUCUUAGAAGCCUGGCAUUGAAGUUCACCAUGCAUUGCCCCACAAAAACAUAGGUGCAUUGCACCCUGCCAUCUAAGCACUUUCAUUUAGAGUGCACACUCCAUGAAAAUGAUACUUCCAAGACGAACAACUAGAGGGUGUUUCAUGUCUUCCUCGGCUCUUGUAAGAUCGACAAGAAUGGAAGGCAGUCUGAGAUGAGAGACGCGGACACUAUGCGCCAAUGUUUACAAUGUCAAUUUUGUUUAGCUCUUCCUUUAUGAGGGCUCAUUGCAGCUCUCUGGUGUAUAUGCGAGAGUGUUUUUUCAUUUUAAACUGUUCUCGCAUUAUUGGUCUAGCACUACCGCAAUGCGUUGAUGACAGUGUUGUUUGUCACCAUCGCCUGUAUUUUUGCAUUUUAUGUUCAUGUACCUCUUUCUAGCCUGCACUUGGAGCAAAAGUGUAUACAACAUAUAUUUUAUGCAGUUUUAGCCUUUUGAGUCUGUUUCUUUUUUAUCCAGGAGUUUGACAGCUGUGCUGAAGACUCUUGUCAUUGUCUUGUGGCUAAUUCCAUCGUUACCAACUGUAGGAGCACUCUAAAUACUAUACAAAAGAGUUGCAUAUAACAAGCUUUCAUUUAUUUUAUGUCAUCACAAUUUAUUUUAGCAAUUCCAGAUACAAACGAUAUGUUAGAAAGGCAUGGUUUGCUCGCAACACACGGCAAAGACAAACAAACAGGCUGUGUAACUGUAUGCUGGGGAAAUGUUCGUUUCUCAAGCCAUCGAACUUGUGAGGUAUAUUUGCCUGAUGCUCAUCACUAUGCUGUCAGAAAAGUGUUGUCCAUGAUCACGUCCUUUUAAAGAGUGAUGUGUCGGAUUCACUAUUUUGCUAUAUUAAAUUCCGUGCAGCACUUCCAGUGGCAUCUUCUGCCCCCAGCUGCAUGUUUCGAGCUGGCCAUUAUUGUUGCUAUUAUUUCAUAGUAACUUCUGCCUUCCUUUUACAACCUAUGACUUCAUCGGUGGAGUGCUGGGUGUGCUUAUAAUUGCAGCUGUUAAGGAACAGCAAAAACGGAAAUUGCAGGAAAAGAAUGUUGCGUACUCGGUUUGUUUCACAUUGUGAAGGUUUCUAUGCCCAUAUACGCCAUGCUGUCUCGUUUCUCUCAGCUGUGUACCAUGGCCUUUCCGAGAUGUGGGGUUAGCAGCUGCUGCGACUUCAAUGACAAAGUUCAAGUUGGUUGUUGCUGUAUAGCGAGCAGUGACAGCUCUGUUGUGCGUGUGACAUGCUUUUUCUCUUGGUGCGACGUGCUCGUUCGGCAUGCAUUUCCGUUUCUUUUUUUUCUGUGUAUGCAGCUGUGUAAAUAAGUUUUAACGCUGUGUCGUUGCCAGAGUUUGUCAGCCGCAGACCCUGGUGCACCCUCUGCCCUUUCCCUGCUGAAAGAACAGCUUCUCGAGAACCUUUGCAUAGAUUAUGGUGCUGCGCUGCAUCUUGGCUCCCCACUUUACAAGACUUUCUGCAAUCCUGUGUAAACAUUGCUCCUGUCACUGUAAUGAGUAAACACUCAAUGUGUGAACACACUGGCUCGCGAGUACAGACACACAGAACUACCCACACACAUGCAUCUCUGUCUAGUGCAUUGAUGUCGAGAUCCAAUUGUGCAAUGCUGGAAGUGGUAACCUGUUGGCGUCAUGCUGUCCCUUAAGAAACGCUGAAGCGUUGCACACCAGUCCCCCUCAUUCCUUGUCACACCUCUCAAGCGAUGCUUUAUUCUCUGUACGAGAGCUCUCCUAACAUUUUCAUUAUUUUUUUUCUGCUUUAAACUGUUUGUCCGUUUUGAAAGCUAGGUUUUGAAUGGUCAAUGGUGCAGGAAUGAUGUCAGGCCUUGAGCUUGGGAGCGUUGGAGGCUUAGGCAACAGUCCUUGUCCGAGACACUAAGUGUUGCAUUUUACCUUUUUCUUCUUUAGGAACCAAAGAUAACACCAAGAUGACAGUCAUUCUGAGAACUAACUAAAUGUAGGCGCACAGUGUAAGCAAGGUUUUAGUGACAAGGAAAUUUUUCAAGGCAUUUUUAACUGUUCUAUAGCAACUAUAUCUGGCAGAAUUACAGGAUUCAAAUAGUAAAAUUAUUUAAUACUAAAAAUAAUUGUGUUUUGCAAAACUGCUAUGACAGUGCAUCAUAUUAAGACUUUACACAAGCAUUUGUACCAUGCCAUGGCCAAAGUAGCCAUGCCACCUAAGUGACAGCUUGUUUUUUAUACACAUAAUGGUUUGAGCAGUUUCAGAAGCCUGAAUAUUUCGGACUGUGCUCAAUUUUUACAUACAUCAGUAAGCAGAAGUUUUGAGAUGGAUGGCUGCAUUGACAGCUGAACAUUUACAUACAGCAGUUACCAAACGCAUGCUAUAUGGUUGCAACUGCUAAGCGAAUGACUAACCAUAUAGUAUGCAUCUUUUAAAAUCAUAUACCUUAUCUUAUACACAGGUGUAGGAACAUUACAGCCAGCUUUGAUAUCAAAGUUUUUCACUUCAUUUUACUUCACAACCUUACUUUUGAUAUGUGCCUCAUAACGGCACACAAUUUUUUUUACACAAUUAGAAGAAUCAUAGUGAAUGGAAGUACAGAGGGAAGGUAACUGAGGUGUGAUAUUUCUGCAGCUUUUAAUUAGCAUGUUCAUAACCAAGGGGCCAAAAUGCGAAGUGUUUUGUGUUUCGUGCAUGCCACUGACUGAAAUGAACCAUUGAUUCAUCGUGGACUCAUUACAUAUCCAUCACUCAAACUUGUACUCUCCAAAAGUUGCACAUAAAGAGUGAUGAAGUCAGCAUGUUCAUAGAGAAAAUAGUUACGAAAAAUGCAACCUAUUUGUUUCAAUUUGGUGUAUAAGGUCCCACAGUAAAGAAGCAUUGUCAGUGCUUGUCUGGCAUAUGAGAAGGAUACCACCGCAACAAUGAGUCAGAGCAUCAGCAGUGCAUAGAUUAUGUUGAUGCAGUGAUGCUGUAGUCUGCAUAGGGUUUAUGUAAAACAGAGUUAGUUGCAAAAUGAAGUCUUCAUCUAAGUGCUCCAUUUAGGUACCCCAUUUUCUGGCAGUUUUCAUUUUUUCUUCCUUGUAACAUUGUGAUGUUUUUUGCAAGAGCUGGGAAAGUAAGCAAUUUUCACUCACAUUUGCACACUUACGUGGAUAGCGUGCGCUUUGGCUGAAACAUUCUACAUACUCACCCAAACCCACUCCGACCUUUGUGCAUCGUAUGGCACGACACUUCCUGUCAUGGUCAGCCUGUCGUUCAUCAAAGUCUUAUCUUUUCUUUUCGGCCAAAGCCAAAAAAACAAGUAUCUUCAGCCAUGUAAAGUGCCGGCACAUUUCUGGCUCAAUCUAACAUGAGGACUAAAAUAAUUUAGAUCACUACCAACAAAUUACUGCCGUAUCACAUAAUUGCCAAUGGUGGUGCUAUGCUGAGGACCGCACGUGCGAGAUUCUUGAACCGGCGGAGAAAGGAACGGAACUGGGGUCCUCUCGUCCUUUUUGACUGCUCCUGGUAAGAGGCGGCGCAUAUGGUCGCCUCUGGUCAUUAGUCCUAGCUUUCUAUACACUUCGUGACAGCGUGCAGACCAACAACACUCAGAGCCAUUUUUUCGAAACUCUUUUAGAUGGCCACACUGCCUCUUUUAUUUUUCUUGUAAGAUUUACUUGAUUACCAAGCACUAGUCAGUAGAUGAAAAAAAGUUUAUGGCAGAAGUAAGCAAGCAACAAGAAGUCCUUCAAUGUUUAUAUUUAUGUGUAAAGCCCCGAUUUGUUUUAUGCAGACUUCUCUACCACGCUGCUGCGUACAUCGCAUUCAGUUCACAACCUUCUCUUCCCCCACUUCAUAGAGAAGUCCACCUUCCCAAAGCUGCCAAGUGUUGAUAUGCCUUUGUGAACAGAGCAACACAACUAAACUUUCAGCGAGCGAUAAAUAGAACAGCAGACAGAGAAGAAACGCUAGCUGCUCUCACUCGGCAAACCUCGUGUAUGUGUACAGAGGGUGCAGGUUAUCGUUAGCUGUGUGACAUGUGCUUUUCCUUACCACCUUGGAGCUCUUCCUUGUCUUUUCCUCCACCAAAUUUCCAGUGCCCCCACCUAUGGGACUACAAAGUCCCAUACUGGUUGAAGAAGGGCAAGGUAACAUUGAUAAGAGGAAACAUGUCAUGCUAUUUGUUUCAUUUAGCUGUUUAGAAGAACACUGACACCUUGCUCUUACAGUCUUCUCACUCUUUGAUCUCCGUUUUUAUUUCUUCAACUGCUUUCUUUUGCACCGCAAUCUGUGUGCUCAGCUUUGUAAACUCCAUAGAAAAAAAAAAAACACUACUUCUACCAGUAGAUGUAUACACAGUCUCCUCUCGUGUAUUUGUAUGCUUGUUAAUAAACGAGGAAAAGAAAACAAA